AUGGACGGUAUGGUAGAAGAAAAUGGGACCGGCGGCUCAGUUGAUGCCCUCGUCUCGCAGGGUACCGGCAGUCCAAUUGUCGUCACGUCAGUGCACUCAGUGAUUCAGGCAAACCAACAGUCAGUCAUCCAGACUGCAACACAAGGCACCAUGCUCACCAAAGGCAACGUUAUAUUGUUAAGCAAACCGAAUUCAGUUAUACAAACUCCUCAAGGAAAUAUACAAACUCUUCAGGUAGUUGUUGAAGCUGGUAGUGAUGAAAGCUUAUCAGCAAACGAGGAUAGCCCCAAGAGAGGACGCCACGAUGCCUUAACAAGAAGGCCGUCUUAUCGGAAGAUUUUAAAUGAUAUCGCAGGCGGAAAAGUUGAAUCAUCUGGUUCAGAUUGCGAUUCAAAUCUUGACAGCGAAUUAUCUUCAAAUUCACUGUCUGCUCAUUACCAAACUGUUCCUGCAUCAAUUCAGUUAAAUAGCCAAGGUGAAAUGCAUAACAUGCCAACAUUAACAAUGUCAAAUGCAACUUCUACUGGUGGUACCAUAUUGCAAUAUGCAAGUCAGGAUGGACAAUUUUUUGUACCUGUUGUUACCCAAGGAGGGAGUUCUACUUUGAAUACAAGUUCUUUGGUACCUGAAGAUCAAGUUAAAAAACGUGAAAUGAGGCUAUUAAAAAAUAGGGAAGCAGCAAGAGAAUGUAGACGGAAAAAGAAAGAAUAUAUUAAAUGCUUGGAAAACCGAGUAUCUGUUUUAGAAAAUCAGAAUAAAGCACUUAUUGAAGAGUUAAAAGCCCUAAAAGAACUUUAUUGCCAAACAAAGACUGAAUAG